AUCAUAGGGGGGAUUAUAUACGCAUUUUAGAAGCUAGAAAGGAAGGUAGUAGAUUCCUUCAUAUCCCCUUUGGAGUUAAUGAUGAUGGGCCAACUCAGUUCCUUAAGGCUAUUAGGUGCUUUUUUUGAGAGAGUUCGAUGUUUGGACAAGGAUAAGGGGUUUGGGGAGUUUGGGGAAGCAGUAGGUGUUUCAGGGGGUAGGGAAUUUGAGGUUGCUGGCUUGGCUGGUCCAGUGCACUCUAGUGUAGAUUUACGUUCUCUUGCUGCUAAUGAACUGGUAUUAGAGCAGGUGUCGAAGGACCAUGAGUUAAGCCCGACUCGAAAAACCAACGGGUUAGGAGAUUCUGAUACCCAAUCCAAUCUGGUUUUGCUGCUAGAUGUGGUAGACUCAACCCAAAUUUGUCAAAAGUGUGAAGAGGGAUUAAGAGUACAACUUAUGGUAGGGCAGGAUAUACAUCACGGCUCAACUGAUCAGAAUGAUGGCCUGGCAGAAUCUCUUGAACUGGAUGUACAUAAGCAAAAGGAUAAGUUUGCUCUGGCAGAGACUCAUUCAUCAUACAAUUUUCAUUACCCCCAGCUUCCAAGAGUGCGCCUAUCCCCUUUUGCUGCCGAAUUCAUUCCAAUUAUGCCCAACACUUAUGCAGCUCUCUUUGAUCAAGUCGACCUGGAAGAUGGCAGCCCACUCAAGGAAGAUGAGUUUGACAAUUUUGAUGAAGAAAACCUGGUACUAAGUAACAAUGCACUAGAAGACAUCAGGGAAGAUAGAGAGGGGCCUAUUCUAUAUACCCACUCGGAAGGAGAAGACAAGGCCUUCAAUGACAACAUUCUAAAACCUCUUCAAAUAGAUUUCUCUAGGAUGUUCAAAACACCUUUUGAUGUGGGGCGAGAUUUCAAGGGCAGGAUCACCUAUUCUCCUUCUCAAAUUGUAACACAAAGUAGGGCAAAGAUUUUGGAAGAAGGAAGAAAGAAAAAUCCACUUGACAGAAGACAUUAGGAACUUUUUCAGAUGGUUCAGAGAUUAACUUAGCAGAAGACAUUAGGAACUUUUUCAUGGAAUGCUAUCCAAACAAACUAGAAAAAAUAACCAAGAAGUUGGACACAUUUAAGCCGUUAACCAAGAGCCAAAAGAAAAAGUCUAAAAAGAAACUUAAGAAGCAAAU